AUGUCAAGCGAAUACAGAAAUCAAGAGGAGCAACAACAUCAUCGGAAUGAUGAAAGAUACUACUCUCGGAAGAGUCAUAUUGAUCAACAAUACAAAUACGAUCGUAAUUAUCCCAGUGAUCCUCAUGAGGAAGUAAUUAUCAAGACACCAGUCGUCAUCAUCAUUAUGCGGAACAACACCAUCAUGAAGACCAUCAUUCCGAUGAAGGUAAAGAUACACACUCCAGUGAAAAAUCAAAGAAAUCAACUAAAAUUAGUGUUUGGGGCAAUUCCUCAACCAUGA